AAAAGGAAGACCAGGGCAACUGUGAAAAUCACACCGAGGAGAUAGUAGCGAAGCGUCUUGGUAGUAAUUAAACCUUUAUUACCACGAUUCGCCAUAAUUGUCGAGGUAAAUAAGGGAAAUCUUGGGUUAGUUAAAGAGCCAGCGGCCCGGGCCUCAGUCCGCGGUCUUGAGUUGAACAGUCGUCCGACACCAGAGCGACUGAGUCGGUGUGAUUAGCAGAGCCCGAGCGCUCAUAAUGGGCGACAGCAGAGAUUCCCGAAGUCCAGACAGCUCGUCCGUAUCUUCACCACCAUCAGGUCAGCGUUCACCACCACUGGCUCCAUCAGCCGCCGCCAUGACUUCUCUGCCACCCAUCACAUCUGCGGUGAACAGUCCCAUCAGCAGCAUGGGUUCUCCCUUCUCAGUCAUCAGCUCCUCUCUGGGUUCUCCCUGCCUUCCUGGAACUCCUUCAGUGGGCUAUGGCCCCAUCAGCAGCCCACAGAUGAGCAUGUUUCCCAGAAAUAUGGAGAUCAACUCGACCGUGUCCAUGUCGGGCCUGCACGCUGUCAGCAGCUCUGAUGAUGUGAAGCCGCCCUUUGGUUUGAAACCACUGUCCGGCCACAGCCCCGGACCCAUGGUCUCACAGAAACGCUUGUGUGCCAUUUGUGGUGACCGCUCAUCUGGUAAGCACUAUGGCGUUUACAGCUGCGAAGGCUGCAAGGGCUUUUUCAAGCGCACCGUGAGGAAGGACCUAAGCUACACGUGCAGGGACAACAAAGACUGUCUGGUGGACAAACGUCAGAGGAACCGCUGCCAGUACUGCCGCUACCAGAAGUGCCUGGCCAUGGGGAUGAAGCGAGAGGUGGUCCAAGAUGAACGACAGCGAUCCGUUCAGGAAGAGCGUCAAAGGAACAAGGAGCGAGAAGGCGAGGUGGAGUCCACCAGCGCCGCCAAUGAAGAAAUGCCAGUGGAGAAGAUUUUGGAGGCCGAAAUGGCAGUGGAGCAGAAGACCGAGCUGCAUGCAGACGGCAGCUCUGAGGGCAGUUCUCCAAAUGACCCGGUCACUAAUAUCUGCCAGGCUGCUGAUAAACAGCUCUUUACUCUGGUUGAAUGGGCGAAACGGAUCCCUCACUUCAGUGAACUCUCUCUGGAUGACCAGGUCAUCCUCCUGCGAGCCGGCUGGAAUGAGCUCCUGAUCGCUUCAUUCUCUCAUCGCUCCAUCGCGGUGAAGGAUGGCAUUCUGUUGGCCACCGGCCUCCACGUGCACAGGAACAGUGCUCACAGCGCUGGAGUGGGGGCCAUCUUUGACAGGGAGAGUGCGCACAAUGCAGAGGUUGGGGCCAUAUUCGACAGGGUGCUAACGGAGCUGGUGAGCAAGAUGAGGGACAUGCAGAUGGACAAAACAGAGUUGGGAUGUUUGAGAGCCAUCAUCCUCUUCAACCCAGAUGCAAAGGGUUUGUCAAGCCCAAGUGAGGUGGAGUUGCUGAGAGAGAAAGUCUAUGCAUCGCUGGAGGCUUACUGUAAACAGAGAUAUCCUGACCAGCAGGGCAGAUUUGCUAAGCUCCUCCUCCGGCUGCCAGCGCUGCGUUCCAUUGGCCUGAAGUGUCUGGAGCACCUGUUCUUUUUCAAGCUGAUCGGCGACACCCCAAUCGACACCUUCUUAAUGGAGAUGCUUGAAGCCCCUCAUCAGCUGACCUAAUCUGGACCCAUCUCGAUCCAGCUCAAUCCGGUUUGCACCAGGGUAUCGCAGUCCUUCCUGGACUCUGGGGCUUUGCUGUGUCUCACUUUUCAUUAUCACCUUUCCCAUUUCUCCCGAGUCCCCACUGCACCUUCAAACCAGUACAGCCCUGAAAAAAGACUUCAGCUGUCCAAAAAAAAUCUUGUUUUCCAUGUUCACGUUUUACAGAGAGAUGUUAUUUUUCAAAUCAUAAUCCUCGGUUUAAGACUUCAGCUUCCGGUUUUAAGACUUCAGCUUCCAGAUUUAAAACGAUUGAUUUGACAGAUUCCUGUGUGUCGUGUUGGACUGUAUGUUACUUUUGAAUGCACAAACUGUACUUUGUUUCAUUUUUCACCGCAGUUAGCUUGCCGGCUGAACACAGUGCAUUUGUGACUGGGGCGAGAAAAUGUACCCAGCGAGCCCUUUGGCUGGUACGAAUCGAGUCAUGGCAGACCCCUGCCGUUUUAGUCCCAGAAUGCAAUGUGACUGUGGAACACUGCUAACAUGCUAUCUUUGGGCUUUAAUCUUGAAAUCAUCCUUUGUACUGUACUCAUGAAAUGAGUUGUUUAAAAUGGCAUUGAAAUUAAUGGCUUGCUGCAUCUGGCCCAUAUGAAAUGCAGGCCAAAGUUUUACAUUUGUGAAUAAUGUAUGCAGGUUUUUAACGGCGCAUGGAUUUUUGAUCAUGUUCCGAAGAGAGCCUAAAGGCACAGAGUCUUGCAGGAGAAUCCUGCUAUUUUUGCGGCAAUAGGAGGGUCGACCUUGUUUUUUGUUCUUUGUUUUUCUUCCUGAUAGGAAAUAGGAUGUUAAGAGAUUUCGGUAGCUUCUAGAGGACCUUGUACUUUCUGCCAUCACCACAGAUCUCAUAAUCCCAAUCAUCCACUUCUUAAUAUUUUCUUCAAUUCCUCAAUUGGGAAUUAAAUCCACACCACCUUCCUGAAACAAUUCAGAUAUUUAUAAAGUGUGUGUGCUGUUAUGUGCAACAUGUCUGACCACUCUUGUCCUUGCAGUAGCAGGCCACUUUGUUUUCUGUGUUUUCACCAGUGAUGAAAUCGACUUGUAAGCAGACUCCUUUGUAAUGAGCCGGUACUAACAAUGGCAUGACAAACAACAGAUUCGUAGGUAAAAUUUUGCGAAAAGGACCUUUUACAUUCCAUCACACAGGUCACUUCCGUCAUAGCAUAUAACCGAUCCCUGCAGCUCACUAGUGUGCUUUUUCAAACGCAUCUUGUCUUGUUCAGGAGGGUCUGAGGGCCACUAGCGAACACAAGAAUUCACCUUCUGCUCAAAAAACCAGCAUCCAUUACAAUCUAUGCAUUUAUGGGAGGAGGGCGGAAGUAAAGUCUGGGAGAUGAGCUAAACGUGCUGUCAAGAGUCUUGAAAACAUUUCUGCAUUCAACAAAUGGCCCAAUAUUGAUGGUGGAUACAAUUAGAAUAUAUACUGCUUGGCUUUUGGGGUUCAGACCAAAAUCGACCAAUCUCAGUCAUUUUAAAUAGCGACUGAAUCAAAUACUGACUGUGUUUGAAGAUUUGAUAGACAAUACUAGCAAGUGAUCUCAUCUGUUCUGUUGCUAAUAACAACAAAGGUUAUACACCGAUAUAAACUAACACGCCAGUGCAUGACACGCACCAAUGAUCGAAAUAUGCAAUUCUUCAGAUAAGCUUGAAUUUAAUACACGCCCAUUUCUAAUUUCUAGUUUAAUAAACCAUCUUCGGCGUAAUGUUUUAAAGUGUUGAUAAAACGGUGGUAUACAUUAAUCAGGUGCUUAAUUUACUAAGUAUGAAUAUCAUAUGCAGUUUUCUGAGAAACAGAUCUGCGCUUUAGCCACAUAGUUCUUAGUUUGGUUUUGAGGUGGUUCGCAGGGGGAAUUCAAGAAUUGUGCUGUUUGCCACAAUACAUGCUUGCCAUUGACGUGACUGAAUCCAGACUUCCAGUUAAAGCUUUGUUCCUUUAUAACAGUUGCUUAAUUCUUGCCGUCCCUUUUGAAACCACUUUCUUUUGGACACGUGGUAGGAGGGAUCUUGCCGUUUUUACAAUGUGAAUGAUGUCUGUACUCCCAGCAGUUUAGAUUUCUCAGAGACGUGUCGGUUGCAUGUUUUGUUUCAUUAAUGCAGAAGUGAAGAUGGUGUCGAUGGUCUGCUCAGUAACUGCACGGAUGGCAGUUUUGAUGUGCAGUGUUUGCAGUUUUCGUAUGGCCUGCUGGAGUUGCUAGUCAGUCUGUGUGUGUUGCAUCAUUUUGUAAAAGAUGGGUAUCAUGAUGAGAUGUUUAGAUACUUCACAGAUCUGUAAGGAUUUUCUUGAAAUGGAGUGCAAUGGACCCAUCUUCUGUUACUUGAUUGCAGUUUAUCAUAUUUGGUUUUUGCUUUACUAUAAUAAAAAUUAAAUGAAAGUGAAAUUUGGCCGACCCUCCGUCUUUUGGGGUUCACUCCCCCCUUAUAUUACGUUUACUCCUAAUCAUGUAUUUUAAAGCCUUCUCUGUUAGUUUCGUGAAAUGAGUAAUACAACUCUUACACAGACUUAUCACUUUUUCACCUGAAAUGAUACAGCACUGCCAAACAGGUGUGAGGCGAGUCGUCUUAUGGGUGUUCCUAACCCCCACUGGUUGACUGAGUACUGUGAUGAUCACUAAAUAGAGCCCAUUUUUUAAACUAUUUAUAUAAACUUGAGCAGAUUGGACGCGUUUAAAAUCUUGAGGGUUCUGUUAGUGCUUUUUUCUUAGGCCAUGGCGCUGCAAUUUUUGUCAGGUGUGAAAAGCCCUCCUGUUUGUGUAUUUGAAGCCGAGCGGCGCUCUGAAAUAUGCACAGUGCAAACUUGAAUUAAUCUCUGCCUGAGAAUGAAGUGGUUAUGCACGUUACCGUCUGAGAGCCCAUUCAGUUUGAUCUUCAUUGUGGCUUAUCGGUGAAUGUUUGUUUGUUUCUUUAAGGAAAGACAUGCAUAAGAUGCAUGAGUGACGUGGAGGUAUUUGCGAAGGUGAAGUGGAAAUCUUUUAAGAACAGGUUCAGGUCACGUUUUUGUACAAAAUCAAAAGAGAAACUGAAUAAAUAUGUUACUUUGAAAAAAUGGACAAUUAUCAUUACUGUAAUGACUAAAGCAGAGAAUAGCUCAUGUGGAAUAAGUUAUUUAAUGUACUUUAUGGUGUUUGUGAUGGAAUAAUGUCACAAUGCAAGAACAAGCCGCCUUAAUGGUAUUAAAAUGUCUUUGCAGAUUGUUUUCUUUUAAUUUUGUUGUGAAAUUUGAUCUGAACACAUGUUCAUUUAAUUCACUCAUACAGUGAGGUGUUGGAUGAGUUUACAGGUGAAUGGGAGGUGUUUUUUAUUCAUUGGGGUUCUGAUGAAGAUGGUGAUUGUUCAAUGGGAUCUUAAGAGACUCCAAAUUGACUCCCACCAAAAGAAAAUGUUUUGAUUCUCACUAUGUUUUCCAACUGCUGUUUUCAUGCUUUACAUCUGUGUAUUCUGAUGUAUUAGUGCAAGAACUAUUUUUGGGGGUCUUUUUCCCCACGCCCCUCUCUCUACUUUUUGUGACUGUUUUCUAAUCUGUCCGGCAGUUGUGGAAGUAAUUGACUGUACUGAGUGUGGAGAAAGAAGAAAGUCUGUUUUAUUUUAUUUUUGCUUUGUCAUUAAUUCAGAAUCUGUUUUUGUUGGAUGUACCAUGUGUAAGUAAAGGUUUUAUUACAGCA